GCACAGAGCUCCAGUAAAUGCAGCAGCUGUUGUCUUUACUUUUGUAGCCUUGUUAAAGAAAUACCAACUGUUUCUUUUGCUCUAGAUGGAAUACAUUAGUGUUUCAUUCAUCCUCACACCUGCCCUGGUAAUGGGCACUUCCAAGUUUCUUAUGAGAUGCCACAAAUCUGCAAGCUGGGGCUCACACAGCUAAAGAUUCCAGCGGCAAUUUGGAGCAAAAGCGUCCUCUUUACAUUUAGGAUGCGGGAACACUAAGAAGCAGCGAAGAAGAGCGAGCACGGACAGCCGAGCCUUCCCCCCGCUAAAUUCCUGUUCUCUCGCUCGGACAGCCCCCUGCCAAGCCCGCACCCCAUUGCCCCACCGUGCAUCCCCCUCCCCGCAGCCGGUCGGCGCCGACAGGGGCGGAGCGGCAUCCCGGUGCUGUGCACGGCGCUCCGCCCGCCGAGCGCUCUGCGGGAGGCAGGAGGCGGCAGCCCUCCCCGGUCCAUCCUGUCUCAACGUCCCGCCCCGUCCCGCCCAUCUGCAUGCAGGGCCCGCUGCUGCCCUCACCUCCAAACUUUCGAUGCAGCCCCAUCGCCUGGGUGGAGAGAGCCGCCGCGGGACAGUGCUAUUGCUACUGAAAGGAUGGGGCCCCUGGAAGCACUGGGUGAAGAAAACCAGACAGAUGAAGUGAAGAUGGAGUUGUUCACCAAGCCGUACUUGCCAAGAUACACCACACCACUCAGUGAACUGGCUCUUGACCCCAAACCAGAACUGAAGGAUAGCACAACACUAGUUGAGGUGCAGAUAAUCCUCAUCUUUGCUUACUGUUCCAUCAUUCUGUUGGGGGUGAUCGGGAACUCUCUUGUGAUCCAUGUGAUCAUCAAGUUCAAAAGCAUGCGCACGGUGACUAACUUCUUCAUCGCCAACCUGGCUGUGGCUGAUCUGCUGGUGAAUACAUUGUGCUUGCCUUUCACUCUAGUUUACACACUAUUGGGUGAAUGGAAACUGGGCCCAGUCUUAUGCCACUUGGUGCCUUAUGCCCAAGCUCUUGCUGUGCAUGUGUCUACUGUUACAUUGACUGUGAUUGCCUUGGAUCGACAUCGCUGUAUUGUCUAUCACUUGGAAAGCAAAAUCUCUAAGCGUAUCAGCUUCCUGAUUAUAGGAGUUGCAUGGGCAGUCAGUGCCCUGUUGGCAAGCCCUCUGGCCAUCUUCCGCGAGUACUCGCUGAUUGAGAUCAUUCCUGACUUCAAGAUUGUGGUCUGCUCUGAGAAGUGGCCAGGGGACGGGCAGCUUAACUAUGGCACCAUCUACAGUGUCUCCAUGCUCCUGAUCCAGUAUGUGCUGCCUCUGGCCGUCAUCUCCUAUGCCUACAUCCGCAUUUGGACCAAGCUCAAGAACCAUGUUAGUCCUGGGGCAGGGAAUGACCACUACCACCAGCGGCGUCAGAAAACCACCAAGAUGCUGGUUUGCGUGGUUGUUGUGUUCGCUGUCAGUUGGCUGCCAUUCCAUGCCUUCCAGCUAGUCAGUGAUAUUGACAGUCAGGUAUUGGACCUGAAAGAGUAUAAACUAAUCUACACAGUGUUUCAUGUCAUUGCCAUGUGCUCAACAUUUGCUAACCCCCUUCUCUAUGGCUGGAUGAAUAACAACUACAGGACGGCCUUCCUCACAGCUUUUCAGUGCGAACAGCGGCUAGACUCCAUCCACCCUGAAGUGUCAGCAGCUUUCAAAGCCAGGAAGAAACUGGAAGUAAAGAAGAAUCAGUUCCCUGGAGACUCUUUCACACAACCUACCAAUGUCUAAGAUUUCUGACUUUAAAGAAGAAAUGCACAUGUUGUGGACAAAGGAAUAAAUCCAUUCUGACACAUGCAUUUUUAAUGCAUAGUUUUACUCAUAAAAGGUGAAAGAAAAGUAGCAGGCAAGUCAAGGCAGGUGAUGUGAUUUGGGGGGAGUAGGUUGGCACCAUGAGAAUGUGACUGCACAACUCCAAGGAAAUGAGAGAGAUUUUGUUUGUGGCUGUCUGUAACAUGGUAAGAGACAACCCCAUCCCUCCCAUUCGUACUUGACAAGUAUAAAUGACAAAGGCAGAGUUUGCUGCUUUGGCUACAGGAAAGAAAAUGGUUAUUUUGCAGCACAGGAAUACUGUUGUCGGUGGCAGGCAGUUUGUAUAUUGCAUGUAGAGACCAAGGAGAAUAGAAGUCUCCUAGAAGAACGAAGCCUGUCUGGGGAAAAUAGGCUGUGCUGGUUAAAACUCAAGCUUUUCAGCCAUUUUUUCUCCCACAGGGACCUUUUGCGGAAAUAAGGUAAACGGAGUGAUACGGUACCAUUUUUGACUUGCACUGAAGCACUUCAGACUAGAAUAUUCUGAAUGGAGAAGGGGAAAGAAAAAGAGAAAAGGAAAAAAUACCAAAUUUGUAUGAAGAAAGCUAAAGGUGGAUUUGGGUCAAUCAAAUGGGGUCAGAAGUCAUUCCUUAUAAAUUGGCUAUGGUUAUGUUGGUGAGAAAAAUCGCAAACCUGAGACCUCAUCACUAAUUCUCUAUAGAUCCCUACCUUUAAUUCCAUAUUUGGAAGAGCUCGCAAACACAGAGCUUUAAAGUGGCAUUUGAGGGAGGAGAUGCAGGCCAGGCUCAGGUCUUUUAUGAGCACUUCAUAAACUGCCAAUAUUUUAAUUUUCAAGACCUGCUUAAAUGUCUGACAUGUUAUUAACUCCACAGGCUUUGAAUUGUUGCUGCAUCUCCCCUGCGUAAUAAAACAGCAGAUAAUUUUGAUCUUCUGGAAAGGCUGCUAGAUGGUAAUGUGCUUUUCCUUAUUGUGGUUUUAUGUCACACACUCAUCUCAUCUUGGAGCUUUUUCCAUCUUUAGCUUUUGUAAAAAUUAAGAGCAACUGAAUGAGUGUAACCUAAUAACAGUAUGCUACGUUUAUGCGAUAACUUAUCAGUUAUUCUGCAUGCUGUAGUUAAUAGUUAAAUUCCUUUUUUGCUCAGGUAUAAAAUUUUAAUCUGUUUACUGUGCAGUACACAGCAAUGUUCAACUCUUAUGUGUCUUUGUUUAGCCUCUUUGAACUCAUUAAAUAGACGUAAAAAAUUUCUACCUGUAUUUAUUCCAAGCUGCCCCGCUGCUUAUCAAGAACAAAAAUAAGCGUGAUAGUUUCACUUGGAGUCUCUUUCCACAGCUACAUUUCAGAUGCGUCUUUUUCGCCCCUUAUUUUUCCUUCCUUAGUGUUUCUGUGUUCCUAGAUUUGCUGUAUUCUCUCUUAGAAACUGAAAAACACCAGAACUCCAGUACUGAAAUGUUAACAGUGUAGCAGCAUCAGAUAUACAUCAAGUGGAGAAAUUCAGGUUUACAUAUGCAAUAUCUUACCACCAUUCUUUAAAAAUCCCUGAAAUCAUUUGUACUUGGCUUUUUCAUGAACAGAGGAGGGAGGCUUAGAGAAUUAGCUAGUGUUUACACCAGGAAGAAAAAGUAUCCAUCAUUAUUAAGCAGUUAUACAAAAAUAGAUUAAUUCUCAAACAUGGGCUUUUAUGAUAUCAUCCACAAGUUGUUUUAUUCUUAGUAUUAAUGCUAUCUGAAAUGUAAGCUUGAAACAUUUAUUGGUGUGGAAGGAUUACAGAAGUGAGCAAUUAUUAUGGGCAUCAAUCACGUGUCAGUUGAUUCUGAACACUUUGUCAAAAAUCUGUUCUUUCCACAAAUAAUAUCCUGUAUUUAAAAAGAAAAUACUCUUCCCCCACCUCUAGUUAAAAGUUGUUUCAACUCUUUUAUGCCUGUUUCAGUGUGAUAUAUAAAGAGUUCUGAAGUAACCAUGACAGUGUCUGCUGAAGUUAUAAUUGCUGGGCUAAUUCUCAAAAAUUUUAAGGCUUCUUUACAUCAUCCUGGAUGAAAGUGAUUAAUAAGUAAUUACCUUUCAGUCUAUUUUAUGGAAUCAUUAUGAACUUUCCCUGCUGCCCUUGUGUUGUGACAAAGUUGAUGCACUAAUUUCUCAUACUUCUUUCUGCUUGGUCACAAAUUUCUCACUGUGCUUUUCAUGUGGAGAAAAGCACUGCAUUGAUGUCUGCUGUGGGGUGACAGACCUCCACAUGGUAUUCCACCAUGUGGUGUGGACUCCACAUUUGCCACAGUGGGGUUCACUGUAAAAUCCCUUUGUGUUGUAGGGACAUUAGAAAUUUCCUCACCAAAAGCAAUUGUGUAGCGACAUCCCUCAGAGUUCCCCUAAAUCUCAGCUGUCAGAAGGACAUGGACAAUCAGGGUUAGUCCUCAUUUCCUUCUAAGAGAAAAGGAAUCUACAAGUAAGCUGCAAGCAUGAGACUGAAGAGUCACCAGAGGAUCCCCUGUUUUUCCUAAGCUGGUUCUUCUUUGCUCGAAAUAGGAAUCCAGAUCUCCCCAUUCACACAAUAGUGCUUUAAUUAAUUUUUAAAAAGCACUAUCUCCUUUUCCCAUUGAAUAGUUUUAUAGGAAGCUAAGCAAUGCUAGCAGCAGUGCUCAUUUAGGAAUUUGCAAGGAGGAGAUGGGACAUCUAAAAUGAAAUGUCAUCUCUGAUCAGAGCAAGAAUUUGAACUGACAUGCCUCAGUUCUCUGGAGAAUGAUAUAGCCACCACACUGCAGCCUCUCCUGCAGUAAUAACAUAUAUCUUCUUAGAGUUGUCUUGUUGUAUACAGAGCAAUUCAACAUCUAAUAUGAUUUUAUAGGUGAGUGGUUAUGAAGUUUGCAUGGUACCUGGGUUCCAAGCCAAGGAUAUGAAAACAAAUACAGUAUUUAAAUUAAACCUCAACUCUGUUCUUCAUGAGUACUUCAACCAUAAGGCACUGCACUGCAGGCAGGAGAACAGCAAGGCAAGCAGCACCACACUAACCUCUGGGUGGGUGUUACCAUAGGCUUUCCUAUGGGGCUUACAGAAAGGAGAAAUACCAACCACAUGGCUCUCAUCCAAUGUUAUCUGGGAUCUUAGUUACUCAGUGUAGAGUUAAGAAUACAAGAAUAGCAGUGUAUAGUAAGGAGAUAAUACAAGAUCAGUGCUAUAAUAGGUAGCCAAAGGUUAUCUAAAGGAGAAACUCACCAAUUCUGAGGCCUUCAAUCUAGAUGGAAAAUGCGGAGACCAGUUACCCAAACUCCACAAAGGAGCAAUCUCCAAAAAAGGGAUGAUGUUGUUCUGGUGGUGGUCAGCCUUUAAAUGAAGUCUAGGAGAGGUAGAGCCAAUCUCCACCCCUUCUGGGACCACAGCUGAAUCACCUUCACCUGUGCUCCCACAGCUGACCUGACACUUGCCUCAGCUGGUUAAUGAGAGGUUCAGGCUGUGAUUACCAAUUUCCUAUAAACUCAGCAUUGUGCUAUGGGCAUCCAUGAGAAUAAGCAUCUCUGCAUAGCUUAGCCACAGCAGAAUUGAGAAGGCACUUCAACAGGAAUUUCAGAAGAAUUUUCAGAAGAUUUUCAGAAGAAUUUUCAGAAGAAUUAUGCAAGUAUAAGCAACUGAAACAGAAGGGCUGAGCUUGCACAACAAAUGGAUUAGUAAACAUCCAUUUCUGUGUAUAAACUGUACAACAGAGCUUUUUGUUUGUGGGGAAUAACAGGCAGCUGCCCCACAUUUGGUAUAAUUGUAUCUUGGAUAUACUGUGUAAUUGGACAUCCAUUGCCAAAACAUUAGUAAUGCUAACAGGAAUAAACAAAUAAAAACUAUUAUCUGCAUUUUAUCUGUC